AUGGAGCCCAACGGUUUUCAGAUCAGACAUCCACCACCUCAACACGAGCUCAACGACUACAUCACGUGCGACAGUCAACUUUUCCAAACACUACAUAUGGGCGCUGCUAUAGUCGACCACUCCCGAUAUCAGCUGGUCAUCGAUGGCCUUGUAGAUCGACCUUAUUCGUUAAACCUCGACCAACUGAAACGACUGCCCAAGACUUCGAUCACAGCAUUUCACGAAUGCUACGGAAGUCCUUUGAAGCCACCUAUCGAAGCUUUAUGGCGUAUUGGAAACGUAAAUUGGACUGGUGUACGGCUUUCCCAUCUACUUGAUUUAGCUGGUAUCCCGCAUACAGAUGAAGAACGCUUCGUCUGGUCUGAGGGUCUCGACAGAGGUGUCUUCGCUGGUGUAGAGGCGGACCGAUAUCAAAAGGAUCUUCCCUUGCAGAAGGCGAUGCAGCCAGAAGUCCUAGUAGCUUAUGAGCUAAACGGCGAAACAUUGAGCAAAGAGCGUGGUGGGCCUGUGAGGCUCGUUGUGCCUGGGUAUUUUGGGACGAACUCGACGAAGUGGUUAUGCAGGUUAUCGGUGCAGAAGAAGCGAGCUCAAGGCCCGUAUACAACACGUUUCUAUAAUGAGGUUAUUCCUGGAGAUGCGGAGCAGACCACGAGACCUGUGUGGAAUGUAGAUGUCAACUCAAUGAUCACGGCACCGAAGCCAAGUGCGGUACUGCUAGGUUCUGAGAUCUCUACCUCAGGCUGGGCUUGGAGCGACGCUGGCGUAGAAAAGGUGGAAUUGACCUGGGACGAAGGCCGGACAUGGACCCAAGCCAAUGUGCAGACGAGAUCCGAAUACGGAUGGCAGCAUUUCCACACUACGCUAAAGUUGGCACCUGGAGACUACACAAUCAUCGCGAGGGCGACGUCAAUCUCGGGCGAACAACAGCCGCUGAUGGGUCGGCGAAAUCAUGUCCAUCGUGUCGACAUUACCGUUGUUCCCGGUUAA